AUGGAUGAACCUGGUUCUCCUCUAAAUCAAACCAUGCAUAGAGACAUCACUGGAUCAUUCCUGUGUCUCACUGUAAGUAGACCGGACAUCGUGCUCAGAGUUGGGUUUUGUGCAAGGGUUCAGUCAAAUCCAAAAGAGUCUUAUCUGAAGGCUGCUGUAAGAAUUUUGAGAUAUCUUAGAGAAACACAGGACCUGGUUCUCUACCAUCCUUCAAGUAAUGGAUAUGAAAAUCACUCGCCUCCUGCCGUGCUCAAAUGCUGUGGAUCAAACAGCAAAUUGGAAGACCUUGAGUCCAAAUCAAGAGGGCCAAAUACAUUGAUUGUUGAAGAUCAAGUUGCUGACAUCUUCACCAAAGCCCUGAGAAGAAAACAUUUUGAGAAAAAUCGCCUUGCACUGGGGAUGAUAAAACCCAAAUGA